AUGCGCCAUCGGACUAUAGUUUACAUAAGAUAUCUUAUUUGUGGGAAGAGGAAGAAAUCGGAUCUAGAAGGUUGUAUGGAGAAUGUUGAGAAAGUUUGGUGGAGGUGGGAUAAGAAGCGGCAUGGUGAUGGUGAGCAGAUUUUGUUUGCAUUGUACAACGGAGAAAUAGACCGAGGAGAGAGAGUUGCUGCCUCUCACUCUGGUUUGAAAUAUGUUCCUGGUUUCCAAGGCCCUCUUCCUUUCCAUCUUGAAACUGGAUCUCUCCAUAGCAUCCCUGAACCAUUCCUUAAUCAGCUAGAGGAUCAAUUUUCUAAGUCGAGCUGCAUUAAUUACAUUGAUGCACUCCCUCAUAGUUGGGCUAAUCAUGAAGAAGUUCGAAAAGCGCUUCACAUCCGUGAGGGAACUAUUAAAGAAUGGAUAAGAUGCAAUCCUACUCUGGACUACGAUUACGACAUUGACAAUGCUGUACCAUAUCACAAGAAUAUCAGCUCUCAAGGUUUUCGCUCUUUAAUAUUUAGUGGGGAUCAUGACAUGUUGGUAUCUCACUUGGACACUCAAGCAUGGAUUAAAUCGUUAAACUAUUCUAUUGUCGAUGAUUGGAGGCCAUGGUUCAUCAAUCAUCAGGUUGCCGGGUACACAAAGAUUUAUUCCAAUAAGAUGACUUUUACCACUAUAAAGGGUGGAGGGCACACAGCCGGCCACACGAAAAAAGAAUCACAAGUGAUGUUUACGUGGCACCCGCGUGGCGCCACGUCUAAAUGGUCGUCUCUUCAAGGGACAAGAGACGACCACCCUUCACUUUUUUAA